AUGAGUGCAUUCACGGGGUUGGUCGAUCUCCUCAAGUCCAUCGAAAGCUUGGACGAUUUGGAAGAGCGUCAGGAGCAAAUUGUUGAGGAACACAAAAAAGCACUUGGUGAUGAUGUCCAAUUCUUUGUAGAUAACCGAAAGGAAGCGUUGCGAGAAAAGAAAAGGGGAGACAUCAAGAUCGAUGCUUCACAGCAGAAAAACCAGAAGAACAAGCUUCCCGACAUUUGUGGUUCCUCUCUUGGGACGAACUCGUUGUGGCCGAAACCUGAGCGGGAUGUUUUUGGAAAAGGCAUUGACCCUGCCAAAGCUCAUAUCUUUCUCGACGCUCCAACCUGCGCUCCGUCUUGGAGCCUCAUGGCCGAAGGGGCCACAGGCAAAAUACCCGCCACGGAGCCGGAGACGAACAAGAUUCGGCUUCUCCGGAUGAUGGGAACAAAGGAUGGUGUACCGCAGCUUCUGAUGAUUCCGAUCCUGCCUUUGGAUAAAAUCAAAGACUGGAAGGAAACUCCUUAUGAUGUCCUUGUUGUUGCGGUGUCGAAGACAGGAGGAAAGCAAUGCGAUGAAAUCUAUCGCAAUCUUUACCCUGAGCUCCCGGAAGACUUCGAAGUGUGCAAGCCUGGAGAGAUUGACUCGGCCUUGAAGGUGCUUCGUGGCUUCAUCAAGGCAGUGAUCCACACAUUGGCUCUGCGUGUCCCAAUGGACUUGCUGGAUGAGAUGAACAAAAGCAAGAAGUCGGACAAGAAGAAUCUGGACAAGAAGAAGGAGGAUCUGCAAACUUUCCUGGACGCCUUGCUCCAAAAGGGGGUUGACCUUCCCUAUUUUGCGAAGACCAAAAUUCGCAAAGCAGUCCUGAAACUGAGGUUUGUUGGUGCGCCGCUGGCUGACCCGUGGCUCCUUAUGGUCAAGGCUGCGGUCAACUAUGCCUACAUCGUGUACGGGUACAAACCCUUAGCAGCUUGUCCACCGGUUGUCGACGCUUCCCAGCUGGAAUACGAAGAAGCUCUUCGCCAGUACGAAGCGGUCAGCAGACAACAAGACAUACCGGCCGAAUUCACUGUCCCAAAUUCCCCAACUGAGCAGGUGAAUCCGGAUAAAACGCUCCGCACACCUGUCGGACCGCGCGUUGUGACGCCCCCUCGUGUUGUGACGCCUCCUGAGAAAAUGACCCCAACAACGAGCUUUGGGUGGGAGAAUCUUUCUGAUGAUGAGGAUUUUUAG